AUGCUAGUUGAAUUGUCGCCGUGGAAGUCAGUGAGGACUUCACUGUCGGCACCCAAAAUCAACCGACGACGAAAAAGAGAUGAGGCGAUUAUAGAUCUUCCAAUUGUCUUUUCAUCAGUUGUGACUGGAUCGAAAAGAGGCUCUCAGAAAAUGAAGCACAGCACUUUCGAAUUUACUGACAUGGUGCCUUUCGUGACCGUUACUUCAGAACACGAAAUUUCUGUCAUUGGGCAAGCGAAUGACCAAUCUUAUCAUGAGUCUGGAAGUCUAAGAUACUCUACACGACCAUUGAAAAAAUACGCUUUUAUGACAGUCUCAGAGGGAAAGAGUACAAAGAUAAAUCUUGUACGGAUUCCUGCUAUAUUUGAUACGAGAAGCGACAGAGUGUUUGCGUUCCAGGAAGGUAAUACUUGCCUAUGUGCUUGGAAGUCGUCAGAGAGUGGUCCUGAAGAUAAGAGCUGUUUGAAGGUACAGCUCGAUAGCCCCGCUCUCAGUAUGACGAUGUUAUCCCUACAUAGAGGGAUAGUUUACGGCUCUUGUGACGAUGGAUCCAUUUAUGUUGGGCGGGUUGUGAGUAGCUCGGAUGGUGGAGAGAAAAUCAUUGUGGAGUACGUUCCAUCAGACAUACGAAGAGGACUCUCCCACGUUGGGACUAUCGCAAAACUUUCCCAUAGCCAGCAAGCCUCAGGAGAAAAGAGGAAAUCGGCUGGUUCUGGUUCUGAGUCUUUUGUGACCUUCUUCCAGCUAUUUAGCAAAGACGAUUCAUUUUCUUUGAUUUCGCACCACGUCUCUCUAGAGAAAAUCUCACACGAUGGGCGAUUUGUCAUGAGCGAAACGGCGUCAGAAAGAAAAGCCACUAUCAAGCUACCAAAGACACAAUCCCUUGGCUCGAUCGAACUAUUGAUUUCGGCGUCUGGGUCGACACCAAAAGCUGCGAUAUACUACACAGCCACAAGUGGUUCCUCGAAGAACAAGUCCACUGACCAAUGCUGUGCUUCGAUUUCCCUUGACGACGGCAGCAUUUCGCAAUUACCAGUGCUCCUUCCUGCGACGACGAAAGGAUGCGCUCUUGUUUCAGCAAACCUUCUCGCUGCCGCUACAGUUGACUCAGUGAUCGUCUAUGACUUGGAGACUGGAUCGGUCCUUCAGAACAUUGAAGUGGGAUCUGUGGUUACCGAUGCUGAAGAAAACUGGAAACUUGCUACAAAUUCAAAGUCUUCGACAUUGGCGAUCUUGUAUGCAAAGCAGGAUACCAUUGAGGCUGCUUUCUCAGUUUUGUCUGUUGGUGACGACAAAAGGAUACCAUCUCGUGGUCUAAAGCUAGCUUCGAGACUUGCUUCAGCUCUGGCUAUGCCCGACGAUGGACCAUUCACGGUAGCUGUUAAGCCUCCAUUGGUUGUGCGUGACCUACUUGACCUCGAUCAAAACGACACGAACGCUUCUACCGCUGGAUCACAUAUUCAAAAAGCCCUAAAAGCUCUUGAUCUGGCAACUACAAAGAUGCUGGAAGAGGGUGGAGAGACAUCAAUCUUUCUAGAUACUUACGAAGGUUGUGUUUCACGCCUCAUGAAGGAUCUCAAGUUGCCGCUUCCUGAUGGUGUCCCAGCUACUCCUUCUCGCGCUGGCAAAAAACAGAAAAGCAAGAAUGGUAAACACUCUAGCGACGUUGCUAUUGCAGUUACACCAUCAUCUCUUCCCCAGGGAUUUAUUGAUGGGUCACUUAGGAUCGUUCUUUAUUUUCUGCAAAGUUGCAAAAAGUUGCGCAAAUCAAGCGGUGGGCAUCAAUUUGCACUUGCAUGUGCCGAUGCUGGGCUAAUAAUUGAUCGUCUAGUAGAAACUGGAAAAGUUUCUGCUCGAUUGCACUUUGAAGAUGCAAGUGCUACAAGUGGCAACCAUUUGAUGGAAUCGGUUUUGAGCAGUAUUGAAGUGUUUGACGAGAAUGUGAAGCGCUCGUAUUCCUCGAUAACUCUAAUCUUGUCGAUACUGCGCAAAUGCAAUGAUUUGUCAGAAGGAAUCCUUGUUGCCAUGCUGAACUUUAUGCUUCGAAAUUCAGUCGCUGAUGAUAUUGCUGAAGCACUGAACGAGACAAAGGUGAUUGCUGCUAGACAUCCCUGCAAGUCACUUUGUCAAGACUAUGUCUCGGCUCGUGAGAAAUAUCUCAAGCUCCGAUUGAAAAGCGAUGAUACGAAGAUGCCCCAAGAUCUUCAGCUCCUCACUAGCAAGCUUCUCACCAAGGGCACAAGACUUGUGUUGGAACGAAUAAUUUCGUAUUCCGAUUGCAAUCAAGGUAUCCUCCGCGUUGCAUUGUCGGAAGGGCUCGGCAACCAUCACGAAGCCAUUAUUGUGGCCAAGAUGCUGACAGAGAUUCUGAGUGAUGCUCCAAAGGACUCAUCAUCCGGGAAGAGUGCGAAACGAAGCAAGAUGAAGACUACAUGCCAGUGGAUUACUGCUCUUUGUGAUGGUUUUCAAGACGAACUCGCAUUGGCAAAGGCACCCAGUGGGAAAAGUUACCUGGAAUUUCUCCUCGAGUCAGUGAGUGCUGCAACCAAGCACUCAGAAGCCAUCAUUUCACUUCGCGAGGAUGUUGAUCGCAAUAUCCUGCAUCAACUCGAUCUGACGGACAAGGACCCUAAGGUUGUAAAGCCAGGGGCAAUGAGAAGAGGUGUCGGUGACGAGAACUUGCCUGGCUAUUCCAUUGAGAGUAUGGUCAUCUAG